AUGGGCACACCUCAGAAAAAUAUCACUGAAAUUACUACUAAAAUUUCUGCAAUUAAAGAAAUUUAUAAAAACAUUCAAUAUAAUAAAAGAAUAUGCAUUUCAUUAAUGGAGCGCAUUGAAUUUGUGGAUUUCGCUAUUGCUGGAAAUUUACAAAAAAAUAUGAUAAAUAAUUUCACAUCUCUCGUUCAAGUUUUAGAUAGGACAGAAAUUUUUAUGAAAAAUAUCUCGCAAUUGUACAGUUAUAUGAAAUAUAUGGAUCUAGAUCAUAAUUUAAUCGAAAGAGAAUUUGACGCACUAAUAAAUGAAUUUUCAGCAGUAUUCCAGGAAAUACCACAAGUCCACAUACGGAAUGACAAUGAUAAAGAAAAUUUCAAGCAGGAUUCUGAUCAAAUGAGAGAAUUUGUUACAAAAAUUAGAGAUAAAAUAAUUGAUAUUGGUAGCAUAAUUAAAACAGUUGAAACGUUAAAAAUGUCAAAAAAUCAACCACCGGGUUUCGAAUUCUUCGAGAUAACUUACGAUAAGCUGAUUGAUCCCUUUAUUGAAAUGUCUAGUAAUUUAAGAGGAAACAGACCAUAUGUUAAAAAAAGGUUUUAUAAUAGUAUAGAAGUUGCUUGCAAGCCUUUAACUAGAAAAAUUGAUGAGAAAGGACUUCAAAUUCAACUUUCAAUUUUGGAAAAACUUAGAAAAUCCUCAAAUAUUCUUCGCUUUUAUGGUGUUUCAAAUUUUGAAAACACCCGUAUGUUAGUAAAUGAAUGGGCUGAAUUAGGAACAUUGAAAAAUGUUUAUGAAAAUUAUAAAAUUGAUUUUUACGCAAAGAUAUUUAUAGCUGCAGGAAUUUGUAACGGAUUAAUGUAUUUGCAUUCUUAUUUAGUCCUUCAUCGUGAGAUUAGAUGCGUAAAUAUAUUGAUGACGAAAGACCUCGCACCAAAAAUUUCAAAUUUUGAACAAUCUCAUCUUUCAGGCACUUCCCUAAAUGAUAUCAAUCUAGAAAAUGUUGCCAACAAAUUAUUUAAAGACUAUCAAGAUAUAAUUCGUGGUGCAUGGGAACAAGAACCGAGCUCUAGAUCAUCUUGGGCCCAUAUUUAUCCACGAAUGGUUGAUCUUAAAUCUAAUGUGCCUAAGGAACAUUUUAUAAAACAUAAUCCUUUAACUACUAAAGCAAAUAAACGGGAAAGACGGCCCAGUGUUUCGGAAGAACAAAAUAUAGUCAGUAUACCAUUUGAAAAAUUAACUAAUAUGGAAAGAAUUGAUGAAAAAUCGUACAUUGCAAAAAAGGCGCUCAAUGAAGCCACAGGAGCUCUCGUUGUUUGCAAAGAAUUUGACAAUAAUGAUGGUGAAUUUAUUCGAGAAUUGAAUAUUAUGAAAGGUUUAAAAAAUCAAUAUAUAAUCGAAUUCAUUGGCAUUAGUGAAGAUAAAGAAAAUCAUAUUUAUUAUAUUAUAACGGAGUAUGCAGAAGAAGGUGAUUUAAGGUUCUAUUUAGAAAAAAAUUUUAAGGAACUGGAUUUUAAGAAACAACUACAGUUUGCACUUAAUAUUGCAAGAGGGCUGGAGUAUUUACAUUCUAAAAAAAUUCUUCAUAGGGACUUGCAUGAUAAAAAUAUUGUGAUUUCUCGCGGAAAUGCUAAAAUAAUAGAUUUUGGAAACUCAGUUCAUGCCAACAAUCAAGAGAAUAUUACACUUUUUGGAUUUUUUCCUUUUGUGGCUCCUGAAUUAAUAAGGAACCGAAAUAAUAUUGAAUAUACCUAUAAAAGUGAUAUCUAUAGUCUUGGUGUGAUACUUUGGGAGUUGACCAGUGGUCAUGAACCUUUCAAACAUUCUAAACUUAAUCCUCAAGAUUUAAUAUCGAAGAUUGUUUCUGACAAAUUCAGAGAGAAGGAUGUACGCGGAACCCAUAGAGAUUAUCAUUCACUUUAUAAAAAUUGUUGGGAAGAUGCUCCGAAUAAAAGACCAAAUAUUGAAGAUGUUUUGAAAAACCUAGUGAAAAUAAGCAAUGAAAUGAACGGAAAUCCACCUGGAGAAAAAGAUCCUAAAAUUGACUUGCUCCAAUUCGAAUUUGGUCAGGGUUAUUGUAAUUCUGAAACCAUUUGCAAUACAUUAAAACCUAUAAGAGGUGAAUCUGGCGAAGAGAAAAUGGAUGAUAUUGAAGAAAAAGUUACUGAAAAAAAAUAA